GCGGCGGAGCGCGGAGAGGCGCUCCAGUGAAGGUGGUGAGUGUGGCGAGAAGCGCGCGACCUGUGCCCCUUUGGGGUAACAUGUGUAUACCUGAGGUGCAGCGGCGCCCCGAGAAGCUCAAGAGUGAUCGUCAGAGCCUCGCUAGGCAGAUGUGGGCGGGAGCUAAUGUGCAGGUGCUCGUACGUCUGGCAAGCCCAGGGCACUAGAGACGAAGGAUGAAACAGGCAGAUAAUGGGAACACGCUCCCCUCGCUCUGGAUACGCAAAUCUACAUGUCCAGGAAAGAUGUGACCCAGAGGAAUACGACUUUGAAGAUGUUCUAGACACCUACUCGCUGGCUGUGGAUGCAUCUCCAGCAGCAUCAAUACUAGUAGCAGCCCCGACCAUCAGCACCGAAAUCUACCGUCGCCCCGUGUACCGGUCCCCGCCUGCUGUUCGCAGAGCCCGACGACCCGACCACCCGACCCGACCACCCGACACUUCGGCGGUAACGGCGCCAGCAGCAGCACCGAGCCUUCAUCAUGACCGCCAGAUCUGUUCUUGCACCUGUCGCCUCCACAGCAACACGGAGUGCAAGAGCCGUAGCAGGUCACGCGAGCGGCGGCUACUGGGAAUGGGCGACUUGGAGAGCAUAUUUGUGGGUGGAGUAAGUGGUGCAGGAGGGCGUGGUGUGGGUGUGGCCAGUGUGAGUGGGCGGAACGUUGGGGUGAGUGGAGGAAAUGGCAGCAAAAGUGGACGAAAUAAGGGUAGGGGCGCGAGUGCUAGCAACAGUAGUGGUGGGCUGGGUCUACCCACUUCAUGUACCUCGGGUGCCAGUGGUGGGCGGGGUAUGACAGUAGGUGGUCAUAGUGGAAGUGGUGUCGGGCAAGGCAGUGCCUCUAAAGGAACUAAUGGGGGUGGUGCAAGACGAAGUGUACAUCAACCUGGAUUCUUAAAAACAGUGUCAAUUAUAGAAACAUUAAGUGAACUGGCUCAUGGACCAGAAGUGCGGCGGCUUGCUCAGGAACCCCGGCCGCAGCGCCCAUCUCGUCCUCACUCUGGUUCACGUGCAUCUUCAUCUCGCCAACCCACCAGUGCCACCUCCGCAGGCGGGGGAAGUGCCACAGACCAUGGUGAUGACACGCCCACACGCCCACCUGGUCCACCUGUCCUUUCAGCUGAUUUUCAACAAUACAGUGAAAAGAUCUAUGAUGCUGUUACAUCCCAACGGCCAGAACCAAGUCUACGAGGUAAUCAUGGAGGACGUGGACGUGUCCACAGCCUUGCACACCCUCGAAGGAGGGAGCGCACUCAGCCUCGGGGAGAAACCACCAUAGAAGAGUCUCAGCUUGCGUCAGGGAUAAAUCAAGAAGGAAGAAGAGAAGAAGAUGAACCUAGCAGGAAGCCCCGAUCUGAUCACCGGGGAAGAGAGCGGGGCAGGACACCUGACUGGAUUAAAAGAAUCUUUGAUAUUGCCAAGAAGGGUGACUUGCCAUCCCUGAAACGUAGUGUUGCUGAUAUGGAGGGCACCUUGAUCCGCAACCUAAGUGAUCACAGCGGCAACAACCUUCUUCAUGUGAUGGCCGUGUUUGGCCAUCUGGCACCAUUGGCUUGGCUGUUAACCUCGCAGCAAGUGCUAGUUGAUGCUCUACAUGAUGAAAACAAGUUUGGACUUACUCCCCUUGUGUGUGCUAUCAAGUAUGGACGGCUAAGGCUGGUGCAGUGGCUGGUAGAGAAUACAGGAGUGAGGGACAAGGUGCGCUGUAAGGAUGGGGAACGCUCUCUCUUACACAUCGGGGCCAAGUAUGCCCAAGAGGAGGUUGUUGGAUGGUUGGUGGAAUACAUGAUGGCUCAUGAGGUACCCCUUGACAACAAAGACCACAAUGGCAAUACAGCUCUCCACCUUGCUGCUCGAACUGGCAACUCAAGGGUUUGCUCCAUCCUCUUACAGCAUGGAGCUGAUGUAACACUGAAGAAUGACAUGGGUCAGAAGGCAUGGGAAGUGUGUGUAGUGCGUGGCCAUCUAGCUUGUGCAGAGUACUUGUGUGUCCAUGAAUCUGGCCUUGCUUUGGCUACUGACCUCACACGAAGAGAAGCGGAGCUGGAGGCAGCAAUGGCAGACAAUCAUGAUCUCAGAGUUAAUUUCAAAGAAGUUUUGAGUGUGGCUCGAAGGCUAGUUAAAGAGAGGGAGGAGGUGGUGCGUGAGCUGUCUCGCCUCCAUGAACACAUGGUAGAGGCUCAUGACAACAUCAUUAUGGCACUACAAGUCCUAGCUGAAGAAAACAACUCUCUCAGGGAUCGUGUUAAUGGGGUUAGGCAGUCCACGCAUGCACGGGAACAAGUGGAGUCAGUUAUAGAGUAUGUAAAUGGGUUGCAUGAGCGGUGGCAGGGAGCACAGAAGACAUGGUUUGGAUCCUCCCUUGUAGACAUGGAGCACCGGAUGCUUCUAGUAGAGGAAGCCUGGAAGAAACUCAGACAUCGAAGUCACCGGACAGUUGCCACUGCACAUCAUCCAUUGGAUGUCUUCAGGGCAAAGCUGUGUUCUGUUCGGGCACAGGGAGGGGAUUGCCGCCUAGGUGAUCUACCAUCACUCUGCUCUUCUGAGGAAUCCCUUGUCUCACUUUUCCCAUUUAGUGAGGAGGAAGAUGUGUAUGAGGGAGUUGAUGACUAUGCUGCAACUGCUUCACCUGCUCAUUCAACACCCACACGAGCUGCUACUAUCUCAUCUACCACAAUACGCUCCCCUGCAAGCGGCGGUAUUGAUGUACGCUCAGAAACACUUCCAGCUAGAUUGGAAGCCUUAUCACCUCGUGUUGGUCACAGUGAACAGGUUCAGGAGCCAGAUUACUUAAGCCGAAGUGAAGCUAACCUAGCAGAUAAUCCUGAUCCAACCAUUGAUCACAAGCAAUCACCAAUAUCUUCUAGGUCAAGAAAGUCAGUUUCCAAAUCAAAGGAAAGUCCUGGGCGACCAUACUGGGCUGAUGCCAGUCUGAGCCCUGGUUUAGGAUUAAUCAGUGAACAGUUAGCUGGAAACUCACCUAGUGGAGAAAGAUUAGGUAAAGAGGAAGUCAGUGCUAGGCUAAGGGAGCUAGCAUUAACAUCUGAAAGUGGCUCUUGUUCAGUGUUGGAAGUAAUUGAACCUUCUAGUGAUGAAAGUGAUACCCCACCUGAUGAUAAUCCUAGGCAACUGGACCCUCAGAUUGGGCCCCGGGGAGUGGCGCCCCCGCGGGCCAGUGAGGAGAGCAGUAGUGGAGAAGCUCAGGCACUCCGUCUGCCCCAUGAUCGGCGCCAAAAACGUGGCCCUCGUGCCCGCCAUGAUGAAGGAGAGAGUUCAGUACGUGGAGGUGAGGCAACUACUACAUCCAGUGAAAGUGGUGCAGACUCAACAUGUUUGAAGCAAGUAGAUCUUUUGCAUGGCACUGACCAUCCACACCAUCUUCGGCUGCAUCUUGCAGACAACAUUGACCAUAAGCACUUUUUAGCAAAUGAGACAUCCCCGGGCGCCGCUGCCGCGGAUGUCUCUGAUAUUUGUGGACAGCGGCACCUGGGCGAUGGGGAGGGCAUGGAGAGUACCAUCAAGGACACAUCUGGAGGAGUGACACCUGUGUACAAACGUAAAGGAUUCCUCCAUAAGUUUUCUAUUAAACCAAGAUGGCCUUCCAAACGGAAGGUUAAGACAGUGCGAAAAGUGCCUGAGCUUAGUGCGCGAGACUUCCAGGAGACAUAUGGCAAUGUAAGAGAAUCUACUUUGUCCCUGGGUGACACUGAUGCCCACACCACCACCGAGUCUAACACUUCAUCUAGUCAAGAGUACAGCAACUCCUCUGAGGAGUCAUCUAUCGGCAAGCCCACCACCUCUACGACUACUACUUCUUCUUCCACAGUCACUACUCGACCCUCUGACCUACCCGAAGCAGAAGCAGCAAGGCACAGAACCCGCAGUGGUGCAUCCUUCUCUGAUAAACAUGUUGAUAAUGGUAAUAGUAUUGCCAGCAACUCUGGUAUCAGUGGACCUUGUCCAUCCAGCCCUCCACCACUGCCUGCUCGUCGGAAGCUACUGCCAGAGGAUAAUUCACCAGCCACACCACCUUCAUCUGCACCACCAGUUCCUCCUGAGCCAGAAUUUGAAUCUAUGGAGGAAAGCCUGCCACCUGUGCCUGAGGAGACAGUGUUGAAACCUGGAAGUGAAGCUCGCAGUGUGGCUGCCUCUGAGGAUUCAGGUAUUGUGGCACGGCCUGCUUCCAGUGCCUCCAAAUCAGAUUCUGUAUCUCGCCCAGAAUCUUCCUCUUCUUCUUUUCCUCCCUUCAAGAGUGACUACCCCCUCCAAAAGGGAUUUUCCCUAACUCAGGACCUUUUGCCUACCCCAGACUCCAGCACUGCUGGCCGUAUGUCCCCUGCACCUAGUGAAAUAAGUAAGACAGAGUCAGCUCUCUCACCUCCUUCCCAUGCCUCAGAUGUCAGCAAGAGUGAGUCAGCACGACAGCUUAGUGUUGGGAAAGGUAGUGUGGGAGGCAGCACAAGUGUCAGCAGCAAGGAAGGGUCAGCCUCCUCCUCGUCAGAUUACUCACUGACAUUAUUGCCACUAAAGAAGCAACUCAAUGUUAAGACAGCAGCUAUCAUUGAUAUUUCUUGCGAGCAGAAGAAUAAAAAACCAGACCAGCCCAGCAUCAGUUCCUCUGCUAGGGGAGACUCAGGAAGUUCUAAGAAGGAAGAGAAACCAUGGUAUGAACUGUCAGAUGAGGAGUCUGACAUCUUACUACCUGACCGUCUUACAAGCAAGGUUAUAACCAGACACUCAUCAUCUGAAGAUGAGACUGAAGUCUGCUGAAAGUCUGAAACCUGAAGACACACUGCCAUAGCUUGGAGAUACUGAAUUCAAAUAAAAAAUAAAAAAGGGACAUGAUUGAUGGCAAAUAUGUUGGCAAAAGUUUAUGAAAUGUGGCUAGAUUCUGCCAAACAUUGGUAGAGAUGGCAAAGCAUGCCACCACACACGUUCGUAUCUCCAAGCACAUUUCAGUUUAACAUCAUAAAUAAUGUGCAUUCUGUAGGUAAUAAUAACAAAUUAUUAUUACAAGAUAAUUUGUUAAUCGUACAUACAUACUGUAUAUUAAAGUGGUUUAGUGAAAUAAGUACUGUAUUGCAAAUGUUGAUACUGUACCUACUUUAAAGUUAUUACAGCAAUGUAAAUAAAAUGUAUUAAACCAAAUAUUAUACUGUAUUUAUAUUGCAGGUUAACUAUUUCACUUAUAUUACCUAAUACCUAUGUUGUAUCAAUAUUUGGCAGUAAUAUUUGAAAAGAUAUAUUGACAUAUAUUUUCAUCAUUAGUAUUUCUUUUGAAAAAGCUACAGACAUAUUGUGGUUAGUAUUAUAAAAAUUCACAAAUUAUCUUUAAUAUGUGAUAUGUAACAAAAUAGUUUUUGUUCUUCAUGAUGAAAAUCAGUAAAGAUUUGUAAAGUCAUAUACCAUGUGCUAGAUAGCCAUGUGUAUAUGAAACAAUAGCCAAGAGUCUUUCAGUCAUCCACCAAAGGUAAUUGCAAAUCUGCCAAAUGCCCCAGUUUGGGGUGAGAAAACUGCAAUUUUAAAUUGUAGGAAGGAGCAGGGAUGAUUUGAAUUGUUUCUGAUAAAAUAUAUUUUUAAAAUCAGAUACAGUAUUUACAGGUAGAAGUGCUUAAAUAUGUACCUUAUUAUAGGUACAUAUCUUAACUUUUUGCUGUAACUUUUAAAACUAUGGUAGUAAACUUUGAUGACGGUCAUAUUUAAAUGAUAUGUGAGUUGUCUGAAGCAUUCCCAUAGAAGGAUGCUUUGGACACAAAAAGAUAAUUCAAACACAUAAUACAAAGGAACUUAAAUGUAAGUGGAUUAUGUUACCGUAUUUGCCAGCGUAUAAGACGCACCCUCGCAUAGGACGCACCUCUAUUUUAUAAGGAUAUUUUAUGGAAAAAAUAUUUUAGUACGUUUCAUCAUACAUUUAUUGAAAGCUAUUUUAAAGUGGUUUUUUGUACCACAACUCUUACCUCCUCUAAGAUCAGCUGUGGUGUAGUUGUUUAUAUUUUGGGCAAGAGAAUUGCUAUACAGGAUUUGAAACUUGUGUUUCUGGAUGUGAUGUUUUGUUGCCACAUCUGGCCACCAGGGUUGCACACCUGGUGGUGACGCACCAUCACAGCACUCUGGUGGUGUUGUCAUUCAUGCAUUACAAAUGGCUGACAGGUGGAUGAAAGUUGAAUAUUCCUUUCAAAUUUCUAUGAUAAUUUUUCAUUUAGAUAAUGAAUAAAUGUGUCUUAAGGGGCCGGGUGCACAAUUUAUCAGCCUUCCUCAAACACACUCAAAUUCUUUGUGCAUAAUUGACAUGGUAAAUGCUCCAACAUUUCCUAAUGGAUCAACAUCAUAACAUGAACAGAAAAUAAAAUAUAAUACAAAAUAUUAACAAAAUUAAAAAAAUUUACAAUUUCAAAUUAGAGUAUCUUUUUUUAAUAAGUCACCAAUUUUUUUUUUUAUUUUUUAUUCAUUAUGGACUCAGAAUGGCGUAUAAUGUUCAUUUUUCACGGUAUAAAAUUUAGUUUGAUAGUAUAGUUUACUGUAAAAAAAUAGUCAAUGUGGCCUUCAAAAUAUAUGCAAAAUUUAGAUGCAAAAAUGUUUAACCCCCAAAGCUAUGGGUUUAUGAAUAAAUGCUACCAUAGAAAUCUUAGAACUAAGAACGUUGCACAUAAUAUGUAAAAACUCAGCCAAAACAAAAUUCAAAGUCACAAGUUCUGCCAACUGUGGCUGAAUUACAUGUUGACCAUUUUCGUUCCAACUUCACAUUCUUGGUGUCGGGUAUGCAUUCUCCAAGAUGUAGAAGCUACAACAAAAUCAGAUUAUAAGUAAAGGAGAAAAAAUACAAAAAUAAAAGCCCCCCAAAAUAAUUGUUGGACAUUGUUGGAACUAACAGAUAUUGGCACUGGGUAAUGUAUUUAUAUGAUUAUAAUAAGAUACAGCAAUAUAACAUGCUUAUUAUUAUUUGUGUGAAAUUUUGCCCUCCAAGUAGCAAUCAACAAUCCUAGAAGGCACCAGCUGCAUAUCCACUUUGUGGACCCACCUUACUACUACUACAGUACUUUUCUUUGUGCAUCGGACAGGUGCCUGCAUCUUUUAAUCACUGCAUUAUCCAUGAGUUCCAUUAACUAGUAGGUAUUAUUAUCAUCAUCAGUACUGAUUGCCUUUUUUUUUUUUUUUUUUUUUUUUUUUUUUUUUUUAAAUUCUAUAAAAUCCAUUUCUUAACAUACUGGGAUGAAAUUUUCACAACGCUGAUGCCAAAUACUGUUAGAUUUGUUCAACUCUUUUUCACUAUAUUUCAUAUUUGAACGAAUAUUUUUGUGCACCCGGCCCCUUAACGGUAACAAAGUUGUUAUUAUUAUUAUUAUUAACAUCUUUAUUGACAAAAUUAAUUACAAUUUUGCCUAAUCUGAGGAUUUUGAUAGUCUUAUUAAAGUGAGGAUUAACAAAGUUGUUAAAUAAUGUAUAUCAGGUGUGGGUUAUGUAUACUGGGUAAGAUGAUGUGAGCUUACUUCAUAACUACCGAUGUAUCAUAAGUUUGUGAUAACUUGGCUUGCUUUCAAUAUUUUAUUAUUAGCAAAAAAUUUUGUGCCUAGCGAACUUACUCAGUAUUCUCGUCUGGCUCCCUAGCCUCAGUCUCCCGUCCGUAAUAUGGCCGCAUUAGAUGCAGGCCACUUUUUUAUACAUUAAAAAAAUGUGUCUUAUUUGCUGACAAAUACGGUAAUUAAUAAACAAGUAUUAAUAUAAACCAACACAUUUACUGUAACAAAAAAUACUGCACAGUACAGUACAUCUUUACUUCUAAAAGCAAGAAGUUGAUUUAAGGUGAAAUUAGAUAUUAAUAAUUGGUCCCCAAAAUUAUAUAUAUAAUGUGUAAAAGCUUAUCUUUAAUAUUUAAAGUAAAACUCAUCUAUAGCAUGAUCCAGUGCCAAGUUGCCUGCUGUUGGAGUUAUGUUAUCUCCCAAGGUUCAGAUUACACGACUCAAGCAGCUGGUGUAUAGACACUGGAUAAUAUCCUACUUCAAGCUCAGGAACAUAUUCCAUAUAAAUAAAAAAGGAACAAUAUAUUUGUGACUAGGAAGUGGCUGGAGAUCAGUAUUUAAUAAUAAGUAGAAGGUUGGACUGGACUAUUGUUCUAAUAAUUUCACGAAUACUGUACAUAUGUUAAUUUUAUACUGUGAAAUAUAUAAAGUCCUGUACCUGAAAUUUACACAAAAUACAACAAGUAAUAUUUUUUAUUAGAACUUUAUGUGAGAAAUGUCUGACAAAAUUUUAACUAGAAAAAUUCUACUAUCAGCAGCCUGUGUUGUCAUUAUGACACAUGUAUCAAUCAACACAUUUUUUCUUUAGUGUACAUGUUUGAACCAUCCCUGCUCUAUCCUAUUUACCAUGUCUUGAUCUGUGUAUGAAAUGUCCUGCUUUUCAGAAAAUUUAAGUUAAAAUUAAAAAGUAUUUCAAAACUUGCAUGCAUUCAAGGCUUGAUUCUGAAGUAAUUAUUGGUAGUUAUUCUUAUGUAAUUUUCUUUUCUUGUUUGCAAUUUAAUUUUUGCAAUUAAUUUUGUUUAUUUUGUGACCAUACAAAACUACUGUAUCAAUAAGCCAAAAUCAAAAACUUUGUAUAUUUAAAAAGCAGUGAACAAAAACUUAGUUUUAAAGAUGACCAGGAAAUACAUGCUAAACUGUACUACAAGCCAUCUUAAAAAAUAUUUUCUGAGGUGAGCCUUGUCGGCUCACUGAAGCUACCGAACUGUUAUCCAUUAUAUUAGUCUAGAUCAUCAGUUAAUUGGAGUUCUUUGCCUAACAGAAACUACUAGCCAGAACCUGGUUCCCUCAGUGAGGCAUAGGGAGCAAUGGCUUAUGAACACUCCACUUUGUGAGAGUAUAGUCACGUCUGCCAUUGACCGGGGGUAUCACCCAGAAAGGUAAGAGAACCAUUACAAACCCCAACUGGUAAAACAUUGCAACCCAAAGCCGAAUAGAGCCCUAGAACAGAGCCCCCAAGAGGAAACAACAAGCAAAAAAUGUCCACUCCACUAGCGUGCCCGCCCAUUAGCGACUCCCCCCCCCCUAGAAGGGAGGAGGGGGCCCGCCCUGGCGGCCCAAACGCUGACACUGGCAGUUCAUCGACUGAUGUCAUAUAGAGCAGACGUUAUCGCUGGCCUCAUUCUCCUGUCUGGAUUUUACCCUUUGUGGUUGUGCCUGUUGUGUGGUUUUGAGCAGUUGCCUAGUGUUCUAGAGUACUCGGGCUGCAUGUGUCUAGGGUUCCCUUCCUUAGGCGCCUAGUAGGUACUGCCCCUGCGUAUUCAGAGUUUUCUUCCCUGGGACAUUCGUCAAUUCACUCCCGUUGAGGUUGGUGUUGCUUGUCAUUAACCGCACCCUUGUGGUUCAGCAGAGGUUGUGGGUCUCUCCGUCUGACUCUGGGUAGGGAGUUUUUUGUUGCUUGUUGGAGACCACGGUGUUAGCAUAGCUUGCAUAAUCGCAGCAGCCGUGACUCUCUCUGUCUUCAGGUUGUUUGUGGUGUUUUUUCAAGGGUUUCAGGUUUCUCCUUUUUAUUUCCAGGAGGAAGUGUGCCUAGAUUCCAAUUAGGUUAGCUUAGGUUGUAUUGGUGCUCUUCCUCUGGGUUCCUCGAGGUUGCACGCACGGCUUCCUGGGGUUCAGUUUGCCCCGUAUUAGACGGGGUUCAACCGGCUUUCACUACACCAGUGCCUGGGCUUCCUGUCGGGAUUCCUCCUCCUGCGUGUCCUGGAAAAUCCGUUGGGGCUCAGUGUGCCUAUGGAUGUCUUUCGAGACCCCCUCUCGCCUUGUGCGAGUUUGAGGAAUGCGCGUUGCCCUUGUGUCAGGGUGACAAUCAUCUGUUUUGCCUCUUUGUCGUGCUGCUUGUUGGGUCGGUGACACCUAUGACCCAAGAAUCCUGCGGGACUUAUUCCCCACUUGUCCUCCACGUUACCUGUUCCUCUUUGGAAGAUCUUAGGGGUUAUCUUGAGAUCUUGAGAUGAUUUCGGGGCUUAGCAUGCCCACGGCCAGGCCUCCUCUUUGGUACAGACCCACAGGAAGCAGCCCUUAGCAGCUGUCUAACUCCCAGGUACCUACUUACUGCUAGGUAACAGGUGCAUCAGAGGUGAAAGAAACAUUUUGCCCAUAUAUCUCUGCCUCCACCGGGGAUUGAACCCGAAACCUCAGGACUACGAAUCCAAAGUGCUGUCCACUCAGCUGUCAGGGUCAGGCAGCGGCAGGGUUGAAGUUUAGGUUUUUGUUGUUGCCCAGUUAAUGGCUCGGAGCUGCCCAGUUUUGGUUUUGGUUUUCGGAAUUGAGGCUGUUGGUUGCUUUGACUUUGGUUUUGCCCGCUUCCCCGAUUCCUUCCCUGGUGGGCGUGGUUCUCCUGCUCCUCCCUCCCUCCCCGUUCCUGGCUCCCAAACACCAUAGGGUUUCGGAGUUGUGGUGGGGUUUAGCUUGGGACAAGUCUUGGGCAGCUACAAGGGGCUGCCCCAAGUAUCUCUGAUGGGAGAUACUGCUGGCUUCUCGGGAUUUAGCUCUCCGUGCGGUUCAUAUCUGGGGAGUGUCCAAUGUCUUGGCGGACGGGUUGUCACGGUUUAUUCAUCUGUCCACGGAAUGGACGGUUGACGCUGAUACCUUCCGUUGGCUCUGCAGGACGUACGGACUCUUGAACAUGGACCUCUUCAUGUCGGCGUGGUCUUGGCAUCUCCUGGUCUGUGGCGCCCUUCUCCGACUGCGAGGCUGUCGUGAUGGACGCCUUUCAGCAGGACUGGUCGAGGUGGGGUUACCUGUACCUCUUUCCCCACGGUCCAGCCGUUGCUUCGAGUUCUGGCUUGGUUAGAGUCCUACUAAUGUACAGUAGUCCUUGUGGCCCCUUGGUGGCUGGCCCAGCCUUGGUUCCAGGCGCUGUUUGCACGGUGUGCGAACCUGGGACAUUUCUCGCGGCUCCACCUCUUCCAGCAGGUCAGACCAGUCCGGUACACAGAUGGUUUGGACUUCUCCUCCUCUGCUUUUCAUGUCUGGUCUUUUUGAGGCGGGUUUAUCAUCAUUUGUAUGGUGAUCAGGUGGCUUCGUUGAUGGUGUCCCACCUAAGAACUUCGUCUCGGCGACAGUAUGAAGUUUCCUGGCGAUCUUUCCGUCAUUUACUCUCUCUUCAUAGGUUGUCUUCUAUUUCUGAUCAAGUUCUUGUCCUUUCUGUCUUGGCUUUUUCAAGACAGUCAUUUGAUGCCUAAUGACGUCAUUGUGUAUUAUGCCGCGCUGGCAGAGCAGCUUCAGCUUGCGUUCGGGGUGGAUGUCACUUCUGCCCUGUUCUGUAGACUUUCUCGUGCUUUGUUUCACCUCCAGCCUGAUCAUGUGCUGCCCGAGCUGUCCUGGUCCUUGGACAGUGUGCUCUCUAAUCGUUCCUCUCCUCGGUUUGUGGUGGCCCCUCCGGUUCAAGAUGGUUUUUCCGAGACUGUUUCUGUUGGCAUUGGCCUCUGGGGGUCGGCUUGGGGAGCUGCAUGCUUUCCUCCAGCGCAGGGGUUUCUGCUCUUUCAGUCCUUGUGGUAGGUUUGUUCAGUUGCAGUCUUCUCCUUCUUUUCUGGCAAAGAAUGAGACGGCUGGUUGACCCAUGUCCCAAGGACGAGGGGUCCUUGGGUCAUUGAUGCUUGGUUGGUCAGGCCAGGAAUGCAUCAUAUGUUGUGUCUGGUUGUGGCUCUCCACCGUUAUCUGUGCACUUCGGCUUUGGUGGCUGGAGAUGCGCUUUGGGUUGAUCCGGUUUCCCUCGUUCCCUGUUCCAGGGCUCGGGUCUCCCAGACUGUCCGCGGGGUUAUUAAUUCUAGCCGGCCUGUGGUCUAUCCUUGUGCCCAUGACAUUAGGAAGUUUACGUGUUUGGCAACAUGUCUUGGGCUGAUAUUCGGGCGUGGGAAUUUUGGAGGUUGAACAGGGUCCUGGUCGCCCAUUAAUUGGUAAACGUUCCUGCUUCUGGGCGUUCCUGUUUUGUUUUGGGUUGCAGGCUGCAGUCAGUUGUCUCGACUUUGCGUUAAGAAGUUUGUGGCGACCCCCUCCCGGGUAUGUCCCUCUUUUCCUUAUCUUUGGUUAUGUAGCUUCAGGGAGCCGAAGGAGCUCCCCACAGAAAACCAGCAUUAAAUGUAAUGAAACGCCAUUUUCUGGGUGAGGCCCCCAGAGGCUCCCUGGCAACCCUCCCUCCCUCUGGUUGGCGGUGUUUCACGUUGUUUGAUGCUUAGCUUCCAAACUGGAGUGUUGGGUAUCCGGCAUGGGAAGGCCCAGGGCUCCCCCCCCCUUCCCUCCCUCUGUCGGGGAGGGAACGGAUGCACAAACGAGCAGCAUGGCAGUGGAGUGUGAUGUUUGCUUGUUUCCUUUUUUCCAUGGGAUUGGAGGGAGUUCUACCUCUGUUCCAUUUUUCUUUGUACUUUUCUUACCAUAUGAGGUUUGUUUUGUUAUGCCUACCUUUCUGGGUGCCUAAUCCUGGUCAUUGGCAGAUAAGGAAAACCCCUCAAUCACAGGGGUGUUUUCCCAUGGCCUUUGCUCCCUGCAACCUCUCUGAAGGGGCCAGGUUCUAGCUCAUGGUCCCGGUAGGUCGAACUCCAUAAACUAAUGCCCCGGUCUAAUAUAUCACACAUUAGCCCAAUAGCUCCAGGGAGCCUCCAGGGCUCCUCCAGGGCUCGCCAAAAAAUGGCGUUUCAUUACAUUCAACGCUGUUUUUUUGUUUUGUUUUUUAUACCAGAACUGACUGUUAGCAACUAUGAGGCUAUAGUUAUGCUGAAUUCUAAAUACUUAAAAAAUGCUGGGCUACAUUAAAUAAUUCCAAUGGAUAGAUAAUGCUAUACUAUACUUAAAAAAACAGUGUGUAUAAUGAGUUCAAAGGCAAAUUUUAUUUAUUUACAUUAUUAAAACUAUAUGGUAUUCACAAUAAUCACUGUGCUGUUUGAACAUAAAGUAUCUUUGAUUACAUGCAGGAAAAUACAUUAUGGAUAUGAACAUUAGGCAAAGGAGCUACCAUAUUUGUGGUACAACUCUGGAACUCUUGGAAAACUAAUAUUCAGGACUCUCAUCCUUUGGUUACAAAAUAUAAGUAGCAAUCUUCCAAACAUUGUCAUGAUUUUAAGUUUAAUAUUAUAAAAUAUACAGGACAAUUUUUAACCUAUGACAAAUCCUAUAAUCUUUUGUUUGAAUAUUGUACAACAUGAUAAUGUAGUAAUUUGUAUUACAAUAUUUAAAAGUCAAUGUGAAUUAUUUUAGUAAUUAUUAGGCAGCUCUAUGUAUUCUGACAAUACUUCUUAAAUACUCUAAUUCAAAAUAAUGGGGUUGGCAUUAUAGAUAAUCUCAAAGAUCAGCAGUGAAUUAUAAAUUAUUACACUAGAAAGGAAUGUAAUGUUCAUAAGAAUCUGAGACUAGACGAUUGCUAGCCUCAAAACUCGUGACAUGUUGCUGUUGAAGAAGAGGCUACACAGUCACAUUGUGACAAAGCAGUAGACUCAAUUCAAGAUUAAAUACAAAUUUAAGUGAGGAGAUUUAAAAGAAAAUAAGGAAUCUAUGAGGUGUGAAUAUGCUUAUGCAACACACAAGUGAAACUGAAAGUUGAAGAAAAAUUAUAAAGGUAGAGUAAAAAAAUUAUAAAGGUAGCGUAUGAUGAUAUGCGAUAUUUAAGAAAUGCCUAUCUUUGAUGUGGUUUUAGAAGUAGAGACUUCAUGAAAGGAAUGAGUGGCAAAUACCAAACAAUAUAUUAAGAAAUUAUUUCUAUACAGACUGUAAAUUGUACUGUUUCUUUCACACAUGCAAAAUCAUAAUGUGUGUUUGUGUUUUAAAGAAAAGGAACUUUAUGCAAGUUAUGUUCACAUCUGCAAGCUCAAAUGGGGCCUAUUUAAGUGUCCAAGUUUGUACUGUAUAGUGCCACUCAUGAGCUGUAUGACGCUUGCACCGGAAAAUGACACCAUUGUGCUGUACCAAGUAUAUGCUAUACAGUGCCACCCAUGUGUUGUACCAAGCUUUUUGACGUACAACACCUAUGUGUUGUACCAAAUUUGUACUGUAUAGUGCUGCUCAUGUGCUGUAUCAAGUUUAUGCUGUGCAGUGUCAUGAUUGUACUGUGCCAAUCCUAAACUCCCAGUGCCCAUCAGAUUGUGCCAAACUUUAUGAGGUCUUUGGGGAAUGGUGCUGUGUUUGUUAUAGGAGCAAUAUAGACUUUAUAUAGUACUGAUGAUGUAUAUGCUCAGCCAUAGCUUAGAGAAAUGUGCAGUGAAAGCCACAUACAAAUGAUCAACUUGCUAUAUUUUUAUAUUUUGUUCAAUUGAUACUCCAUAAAUCACCCCAUACUCUCUUCAAUGUAACGUCCUAAGUAUAACAUGGAAAUUUAUUUGAGUUCUCUUAGUUCUUAUUCAUAAAGUUUUAUAUGCAUAUUGUGCCAUGAAGGUUAUUGACAUGAGUGUAAAUGAGUUAGGGUAGUUGAAAGGAUUAUAUGUCUUAUUAGAACUCUUUAUUAACAGUAAGAGUUAAUGAUUCAAUACUCACUCUCACAAAUUAUGCUAUACAAUAUAUUAAAAGAACUUAUUUCUUGUUAAGAAAAAACUAUCUUCUUUAUGGUUGUGAAGAACUUCAUUUAGUAUCUCUAGUUGCAUCCACAUUAAUGUUAUGAAUUUUUGAAGACAGGAUAAGCAGUGCAUAUAACAACUGUUUGAUGUUUCAUGUAUGACUUUGAUGAAUUACAAAAAGAAAUGGAUAAACACUUAAUUUUCUUUUCUGUUACAGCCAUAAUUAUUUCUGUCACACUGCAUUUCCUUUCACUGCAGUUUGAUAUUAAAUUAAUCCUCCAGGUUACAAUCUUUAACACCAAUCUCUAGCAACACAACCUGCCUCACUACUGCAUUUAUUGUAACACUCACUAUUCAGUAUUGUUCAACUCAAUACUGUAUUGCAGGUACCAUAACACUCACUAUUCCGUACUGUUCAACUUAACACUGUACUUCUGCUACCAUAACAUUCACUAUUCAGUAUUAUUCAACUUACGCCUAUACUGCAGCUACCGUAACACUCACUAUUCCGUAUUGUUCAACUCAAUACUGUACUGCAACUACCAUAGCACUCACUAUUCAGUAUUGUUCAACUCAAUACUGUACUGCAACUACCAUAGCACUCACAAUUUAAUAUUAUUCAACUCAAUAUUGUACGGCAGCUACCAUAACACUCACUAUUCCGUAUUCAACUCAAUACUGUACAGCAACUACUAUAACACUCACUAUUCAAUAUUAUUCAACUCAUUACUGUACUGCAGCUACCAUAACACUCACUAUUCUACAUUGUUCAAUUUAACACUGUACUUCUGCUAUCAUAACAUUCACUAUUCAGUAUUAUUCAACUUACGACUGUACUGCAGCUACCAUAACCCUCACUAUUCAGUAUUGUUCAACUCAAUACAAAUUAAAACACUUUGGAUAAUAUAUUUCAACCCAGCCUCCUAUUUAGAUAGUACUUUUUGUAAUUAUGUGAACCAUCAUACAUACAUAGACAUACUGGACAAUUAGUAGAAUUUGGUACUACUCUGCAAGCACACAAUGUAAUGGACCCUAUUGUUACCUUGUUACAACUUGUUAUAAAGUUUUUGUGUUAGAAAGUUGUUACUUGUUAUAUUGGUUGUUACAACUUAUAAGAAUGUGUUACAACUUGGCGAACAUUGUAGCAAUGUCGUAGUUUUGUUGUGUGUUUGGCUGGUAUUCAGUUUACAGUCUGAAAAAAUAAAGUUAAAAACCAAACCUAAAUAUUUCUAGCACAUAUAUGUAUAGUACAUAUAUGUACUAUAUUAGGCAUCAGAUAGCAUGUAUUAGGCCUAGGAAGGUUUGGUUUGGUUAAGUUUUCUUUGCAACAUCAAUACAAAAACUUGUACCGAUUUCUACUUUCUAAUUGCCUUUUAUGUCAAUAUGUAUACAGUGGUCCUCUUUGUUACUAUAAGUACUACCUAAAUAGGAGGAUGGGCUGUAUAUUUGCAUGGUUUAAUAAUUAAUUCCACUAAAAUAACUAAAAUAAUUAGAAAAUAGCCAUAUUACUUCACUCGUUACAAAUUAUAGUACAAAAGCACGCUGUUGCCAAUGACAGCACUUGCCAAGUAGCACAGAUACACUAGUCAGUCACAGGGGUUCCAGACUCAGGGACCAAAAACAGUAACUACAAUGGCUAAAUGUAUAAUUUGUAUUGUAUUGGACAAAUGUAGGAAUUAGAUAAUACGGUUCUGUACUUGAACACAGCAUUAUAUUCUUACAUGGAUAUCUCUACUUAAACACAUGUCUUGUGACAUUUAAAUUACUCAUUAUGCUCAGUGGUUUUGCCAUUGUGCAGCUUUAUUUUAUCAGGGUUGUAAGUCAACAUUAAAAUUAAUUUUCUGUUACUUUCCCAAUAUCAUUAGGUUUGCCAACUUCUAAUAUUCUUUUGGGAUAUUACUGCACAGCAUAUUUCCUUCAUUCAAACUCACCUCCAUUAUCCAACUAUUCAACUACCUGACCACUUAGCAACCUAAUCUGCCAGGAAUUUUGUAACCAUAUGUUUUCCACAGCUUUGUUUUUAAGUGCAUGAACUGAUCCCAAUGGAAUUGAAUUAAAUAUGGCUUGCCUUGUUACUUUAAAUCCAGUAUUGUCUUGCUUUUGUGCCUAUUUCCAAAAAUGUUAAAUUUCUGCUUCAAGUUUUCUAUUUAAAUAUUGUAAUCUAAUUGGUUUUAGCCCCAUAAUGUGCUUUCUUUAAAUUUUUAAAUAUUGGUUGGGUUAGGAUAAUAAUUUUCAGGGUUUGGAUGAUAAUUUAUGCUAAAACCUUGCCUAUCAUUGCAUCUAAUAGAAACUUACUGUUUCUGUUGGAUCCCUACACAAUGAUAUUUGGCUUAUAACACUAAGAAAUUAACUUUAUCACAUUUAGCUUCAAGAGGGUGGCAACUUAUCCUAUCCUUCGGGACUAAUAAUACUUUCCACUCCUUUUCCAAUGAGCUUAUAAAAACAAAUUUUGCUCUAGUAUUGGUUUCUAAUUCUUUCUCUCUCAUCCAUUAAAAAGGACUGCAUGGUGGCUCUAUUUCCAUUAUUUAAUUAAUUGUAAGGAUAUUGCCUUAACCAAUAUUUCAACAUUUCUUUUGGUAUUUUUGAAGGUUUGCUAUUUUAUAUCUUAUUUUAAAUAUUUACACACUUAAUCUAUCAUGCUUCUUUCCCACUGUCCCUAUACUUUACGUAUGUUUACUUUCGUGUGACUUCAACCAAUGAUUCACCUUUUGACAUUCUCCUAUUACCUGGAUUAACCCACACCCCCAUUGCUUUGGCUAUGCCCCAUAUCACUUUGACUGACCUAAUCAUACUACCUAGGCUGAUAUACUGCCCCUUUUGACCUGCCCCACCACCUAGACUGACUCUGAUCCCACCACAUAGACUGACCUAGUACCCCCAUACCAUUCAGACUGACCAGCCCCCACCUGCCACACCUCGCGGUCUUCCCUUGCCACUCAGGGAUGCUCUCAUGGGCCUUCAUUUCUGCCACGGCACUCCUCACCAGCCACUUACCUUCAUUGGACAGGGCACCAGUUUUAUGAACAAAGUUAUGCUGUUCACAAGGUGUAGUUAGCAUCUCAUCUUGCUAGCUCAUCGUGCUAACCAGGUUACUAUGCAUGAAGUGCGCCCAUUUCUUUAAUAUGAAUAAAGUUUUAAACUUUUACCAUGUAAACUCAGGUAAAAGUUGAUACAGUAUACUAGAUAAUAAAAGUGUCACACCUGCCAGUUAAGCAUUUGCUUUUAACAUCCUUCAUGCAUUGAAAAAUAAUUUGCCAUUUAAAUCUUCUUUCAUGGCUCGAAGAGCUCUGUAAUUAAUGCAUGAACAUCAUUAUACUUUUAUCAUCAUGUGCUUUCAAAUUGUGCUCAAGACACCUGAACUUUAGAUAGUUAGUUCCCAUAUAACAUGUUUGAUGAAGAAAUG